UUAUUUUCACAUGUUUUCCAAUGGCAAAUUUCCACCCCACUUGAAAUCUUCAAAAAAAUGGCAUCCACAGCUUGUUCUUACCAUUCGGGCCUCCUCCCUUCUUCACACAGUUUCACCCGCCAAAAGCUAGUAUCAACUACACUUUCGACUACGAAAAAAUGCUUUAGGCGAACAAAUUACAGAACACAAGUAAUAAAAUGUGGCCGCGAGUUUACAGAUUUCAUUGGAGGGGAUCUUCUAAAGCCUGAUCUUGGAAAAUGGCUAGCAGAUGUUGAAGAACACAAAGCCAUUGCUAUUUAUCCUCCUCAUGAAGGUGGUUAUGAAGGCCGGUAUCUUAACCGUCUUAGGUACCAAGGCUAUAAGUUUUUGGACUUAUCGGCUCGUGGUCUAGGUGACCCUGAGACCACAUUAACCAAGAUUCAUCCUGUUUGUCCUCCUCAUAUAGGAAAGCAACCGAUUGCAAGGUGGUAUUUCCCACCAGAGGUUGAUUAUCGGCUAUCGUUGCUUCCUCCAGAUGCUAAGGGUCUAGUGGUCUGGAUCCUAGAAGCAAAGGUUCUCUCAAAAGCAGAACUGCAGUUUCUUGCACUACUCCCCUCACUCCGGCCCAAGGUUAGGGUGAUUGCGGAAUGUGGUAAUUGGAGAAAAUUUGUUUGGACACCACUCAAAGACAUUGCAGGUUUAACUGCAAAUGAAGCCUCAUGAUAUGACUCUGCAAUCAACAAAGCAGUUAAACAGCUUGAAAUUUUGUUGUUCAAGAUGAACCAUGUGUAUACACAGAACUUAUGAACAUGAAAGUUUCGUAUAUUGCCAACUAUUCUUUCCUAAUGUAUAUACGUAUAGUAUUAAAUCUGGGGCAAGCUUCAAACCAUAGACGUUUUAUUAUUGUACGUGUAAGACUUCAAUGCUUUUUCUUAAUUUUCUCUUUUAUGUAU